CAAUAUAACAACUAAGUCACUGAGAGAAGAAGAUAGAGCGAAGAUGGGUUUGAACCAGAAGGCGGUGGUGAAGGUAGGCCUGGUGCUGUUCUUGAUGGCCUUCACAUCUGCAACAGUGGAGGCUCGGUUCGAUCCAAACACGUUGCUGACUCAGGUGAUGAGGGUGGCGGAGAAGGGUGGAGAAGGCAACUACAUGAUCAAGUCCACCACCACGGCCUGCUGCGACAAUUGCGUCUGCACCAAAUCGGAGCCACCUCAAUGCCAAUGCAGAGACAUCGGAGAAACUUGCCACUCUGCUUGCAAGCUCUGUAUCUGUGCUCUCAGUUAUCCUCCACAGUGUCGCUGCGUCGAUACCACCAACUUCUGCUACGAUAAAUGCUCCUCUUGAUCUACUAAAUCAUUUUGUAAUAUCAUCAGCCUCUUGCGAUGAAGCCUCCUAUAUGUGUGUGUGUCAAUGUGAGGGCACCCUUUAUGAUGAAAUAAAAUAUGUUGCGCCUUGCUUCCAGUUUAUUUGCUUCAUGCAGACUGGUACGUUCUUGCAAGGUCUUGAUCUCCUUCUAUUUUCAA